GUUUACCAGUCAGUCUAUAAUUUGGCCCUAAAUUAUUUAUUUACCUUUUUGUUUAUUUAUGGUUAAACUGGGCGUGUCGCCUUCUUGGGCAAUGCUGAGGGAUUGCAAAGAGUUUUCGGCCUCUUGCAGGUCCAGAUUUGAGUCUGGUUGACUCAUCUGUAUUUUUUUUGUUUAUUGAUUUUUUGAAUUCCAAUUUUGUAAUGUUUUUCCGAACCACAACAAAACAUCAAAAACAAAUUGAGGUUGUGUUGUGCUGUGACAGUGUGAAGUAAAAGUAGUACUUUUGACAAUCGUAUCGAUGUAAGGGCGCUUCCUUUUAUUUAUCGAUGUUCCAUCUGGAAUUCACCAUUAUGCGACAGCCAUUCCGAUUUUCUAUGAACUAGACAAAGAUAGACCAUUCAUCGAAUGUACAGUACACUGGGAGAAUAAAAGAAAGCGCCCUAUAUAUCGAUAUUCGUAUCGAUGGGAUAAGCCUUCCUCUAUGUCAAUGAGUCAAUGCCAAAACUAUCAGUUGUCAGUGUAAAAAUUAUUUGUUAUUUGUUUAUAUACAACAGUUAUUGAAAAACAUCAAUUUCUCACUUGCCAAUCGACAAAACAAUGAAAAAACGUUCAAAUUAAUCAUCAAAAUGCCUCUAAUGAAACUGGCAAACCCUCCGCCGCAAGAAAUGAGCGACAACGAGUGUUCGGCAAACGAGUCUGAACAUUCCAAUUCAAGUCCGGAAAAUGAACCGAAUCAGUCCUCGGCCGAGGACUCGCCCAACGACUCGGACGACAGCUCGGAUAUGGACGUGGGCGAGUGCGAAACGCGCCGUACAGAACUAAUUCAACACGUCCAAGAUCUCGAAGGCCAGUUCAGCCUGUUGAGGGAACAAUUGUACAGGGAACGUAUCCAGCAAGUGGAAACACAAUUGGCUGAAGUGAAAUCAGGCAAAUCUCUUGACUACAUUGUCCCAUUGCAAAAUCUGGAAGAACAACGUAGAGUUAGGACUGAGGUGGCUGGUGUUUUGCGUCACCUGCGUAUUGACAACAUUAACAAUCAGUAUGAGGCUGAAAAACAGGCAGCUUUGCAGAAUUUCGAAAGCGAGAAGAACCUGGCAAGUGAUUAUUACUAUAGCGAACUGAUGGACACCAUUAGGAAGCUGGAAGAAGACAAACAAAACAGCGAAAUCACUUGGGGCGAAGGCGGAGAAUGGAGCAGCAAGACCACCAAAACAACAUCCAGGAAAAAAGCUGUAACAGUUUCUGGACCCUAUAUUGUUUAUAUGUUAAAGCCGCAGGAUAUUAUGGAAGACUGGACACUGAUUAGGAAAGCGAUAAAGAGGCAUAAUACAUGAUUAUGUGGUUUAUUAACUUAUUUUUAGAAUAUUGUUUUAUUUUUCUAAAGGAUGUUUAUGUUAAAAAUUGAUUUAAGAACACCCUGGAUUACCUUCUAAGGUGAUUUGUGAUGUAAAAUAUAAAUGUAUAAAUAGAAACUGGUUUCAA